ACUUCGGGAUUCUGUGUUUUGCUUCCGCUGUAUUUGUCUUCCAUGCUAGUUUCCUGUUGCAGUUUGCAGUGUGAAGAAUGGAUAAAAAUGAGUUUAGGUGUAUUGAGUGUAACGAAAAAGCUGCGGAGUUACACAGGGAUUAUAGAAACGGGAUUCUGAAGAUAACAAUAUGUGUAAGUUUGCUGUUUUUCUCUUAUAUUUAUGCUAACUGACAUGGUGCCAGGAAGUUGACACCUUCCCCUGGCUCUGAGUACACCACAGUCUGUGUUUUGCUGCUACACAUGAUUUAGUGAAAGGUGAAUUAAUUAAACAAUAAAGGCUUUUACAGAAAUUGCUAUGUCUUGUCAGCAGCCUUAUUAGAGUUAUCCGUGUGUUUUUACACUGUGUGUUCAUAUUUUUUUUUUUUCAGGACUCUUGUCAGAAACCAGUGGACAAAUACAUUGAAUAUGACCCUGUUAUCAUCCUCAUUGAUGCCAUACUGUGCAAAACACAGGCUAUCAGGCACAUUUUGUUCAACACUAGCUUGAAUGUAAGUACACGACUGUUUUUAAUCUUCCUCCCAUCUAAACAAACAACAAUAGAUCCAGUUUAAGCAGGUACAAUGACUCACUGCUAUUAUAACAUAUGUUUUAAUUUGCUUAUGUCUUCUGAAAAGUAUUGUCUUCCUCUUGUGUAUGUUUAAAAUAUUCUCCUCCGCCUGUGUAGAUCCACUGGAAGUUAUGUGUCUUCUGCCUACUGUGUGAGGCAUACCUGCGGUGGUCUUUGCUGCAUGGUUCAGAGCCGAGCAGUGACCCAGCUGAUUUCAUCAGGUACACUAGAGAGUGGGACUUCUACGGCAAGUUUGGACUGGCCGCUCUUGGUAAGAUCUUGACAAAGAAACUCCAAUAAGAUCAUAUAAGCAGAUCAGUACUGAUUUGAUGUUUGUUUCUUGUUUGUGCAGAGUUGUGUGCUUUUUUCUGCGGCGUGCUGUUGUUCCUCUGGGCGGUGGUGGGUUGUCUCCAGGGUGGGACCCUCCAGUUGAGCCUCCUCCUCAGAGCCCUGCUGCUGUCCUGCUAUGGGAAAGUCCUCCUCAUCCCUGCCGUGAUCUGGGAGCAUGACUUCUCGCCACUCUGCUUGGGUCUAAUCAAGCUGUUUGUGCUGGUCUCCAACUCUCAGGCUAUCAGAGGUGAGAGAAAACAGUUCAUCUGUUUAAACUUAUGAGAUGACCAGAUUAACUUCAAAGACCGCUUAACUCAGAUGAUAUAGUCACUGUCAAAUAAUCCAAGAGUUACUUAAGUAAAGCAUUAACAGUUUUCACUUUUAAAGGAGCUUUUGGUUACAUCAGAAAAGUUUUGUUUUAUUCACCAAACGCCAACAGGUGGCAGCUAACGCUUGAGUGUAUCUUGAGAAAUCCCCAUCUCCUGGGCUCUGGACUACAUGAACCUACAGACACUUUGAACAUAAAACCAUUACAUAACAUGCAUAACAAAGGAUUUCAUCAUUAGCAGCUUUAGAAACAUAAAUGUGUUCGUUGUGUUUGGCUACAGGCCCGUGAGCUGAGAAUAGUGUUAUGUUGUAGAGGAAUUUUUGCUCCAUUGUUCCGAGGAGUUUCUGCACGUCAUUUAAAUGAGGGACAAAUUACAGACUAGCUGAAGCCAAGUGCAACAAAGGAAUGAAUUAAAAGUGUUUUGUUUUGUUAAAUUGCCUUUUUUAAUGUGAUGUUGCGUUUGUUUUUGCCAAAACUCACUUGCUUUGAUUUUCAAGCCAAAAUUUACUCCACUAAAGAUGUCCAUAUUCAUAAUUUUCUUAAUCUUUUCUCUUCGUCCUCUGCAGUGAUCCUGAACAGCAGCAGACGCCUCUCUCUGAUGGCUGUGUGUUUAGGCCUGCUGUCAGAGACCUGCGUGGCUCAGGCCUGUAAGAAGCUGCCGUGGAGCAUCCAGGACAUGAUAACAUUUGAGUGAAAAUCACAGCAGGGUGACACGAACAUCAGGAAUCUCAGAGGAAUAGAAGAGAUUGUUGAUGUUAACCUGUGCCACAGUUGAUGCCAGGUUUGAUGAACAUUUUGCACACGAGUUUAGAGGAGGAGUUGAACUGUGGACAAAAAGCCUCAAAAGAGACAUUAUUCUUAUUUUUAUUCUCUUUAUGGAGAAAAAACUCUCUUCAUUUUGGAAGAACAUUGAGGAGGACCUUGCUCUUGUUUUUGGUUCUCAGGGAGACAUUAAGCUGUCUUGUUUGUUUCCAACUGAGUGAAAAAAUGUCACAGCAUGACCCAAAUUAGUCCCCAACAGGCUCUUACCCAAAGGAGCCUUUUUCCCCUCUCACAAACACGAAGGCAGUAGUCUCUGUUUGGAUAGAAAAUGGUCUACGCUCUUCACAUUGUUGGGCUCGUAAGUGAGAUGCUCAUACUAACUCACACCUUUGGAUGAAACUGUCAGAUUCUCACAGGGAUAGGUUGAGUCUCCAAUUCUCUGUCACUAUAUUUAAAGCUCCUGCAUAGAGUUCCUAACUGGUUGUGAAACUGAUGCCUGAAACCAUCAGAGGGGGUAGAUGUCAGACCAGAUGAUCGAAAGCAGCCGGAAGAAACAGCUUUUCUACAUAUUUUCAUCUUCAAUUAUUCACAAUGGCUGACACAUUUGACGGUUUAAGGAUAGUAGGAUGAGAUUUUUGUCAGUAAAUACAACUUCACCGUGUACAGAACAAGACCAGCAAAGCUAUUAAAUGUACAUGUUUGCUCACAAGGAAGGGCAAAAUCAGCACAAACCAAAAAGUUCCUCACAGCAGCUUUAAAUGUAUUAACAUAAGAUUGAAAAAGGAUGAAUUUUAUCUCUUGAGAAACUGUGAGAAACUUGACUAGGACUGUAAACUUGACUUGGACUUGCAAAAAGUGACUUGUUCUUAUGUCUGUGUUAUUAAUGUUUGCUAUAUUUUAUGGCUCAUACCACUCCAGCAUAUGAAAGUUAUUUAUAUAGACAUAAUGUACCUAAAUCUGAGAUACCUCCACCUGAGGUAGAAUAAAGCACAACCAUGUUUUUUCAUAACUUCAA